CUUGCUUAGCCUUUCUGAGGAAGUCAUUCAUCCGCAGAGCUAGAGUAAAUUCUGGCUGCGUUUCGAAACCUACUGAGCUGCCUAACUAGACAGCAUUCGAGACGUUCCGAGUCAGCUAACCGCUGACUGACUUUGGUAUUUAAACUGAUUCGAGCUGUAGUGAGGAGCAAAAAUACUCUCUAGCUAGGCACUUCACUGAGGCUUUGGGACACAGUCCGCCAUAUGUGGCUAAGGGGAGUUCCCAAAUGAUUCCCGCAAGCUAAACAUGCCUUGACAGUAGUUUUCUUGUUAUUUUCCGAAUUAUAUGCAACUCCAGUUAAAUUUUUAUCGUACAAACCCCACACUGAUCACGAGUUGCAAGCAGUGAAAACGGGAUCUGAACUCCUCAAAAGAGAGGAGUCGACUAGACUCGAGGUUUGUUGUCAGAUCAUCAAUGUAUUAAUUUUCUAGAAGGGAAAGAUGUUAUCAUUCGAGGAAGCUAAAGCGAGGUUAGAAACAGCAGGACAGAGCCAUGUUUUACAAUUCUGGCCUGAACUUUCUGCGGAAGAAAGCAGUGCGCUUCUGGAGGAGAUAUCUAGGCUCCAGCCCGAAGAGUUACUCGAGCACUGCCGAGCAGCUGCUGGGGCUGCAAGCCGACACUCGAGUGCUGAUGGUCGGCUAGACGCCCGGAUGAAGCCCGUUCCUCCAGAGUUCAUUGGAAGUGUGCGUAAAAGUGAGAAAGAAACGCUUCAGUUAUGGGGUGAUGAAGGGUUACUGCAGAUUUCACAGGACAGAGUGGCUGUUUUGCUGUUAGCCGGUGGUCAGGGGACUCGGCUUGGAGUGCCAUAUCCCAAGGGCAUGUACAGUGUUGGGCUGCCAAGUGGAAAAACCCUGUACCAGAUCCAGGCUGAGCGUAUCCAGAAGGUGCAAGAGCUGGCCAAUGUGAAGCAUGGUAGUAGGUGCACAAUACCAUGGUACAUAAUGACCAGUGAGUUCACUCUGGAACCCACAGAGAAGUUCUUCAAAGACAAUGAAUAUUUUGGUCUUUGUCCAUCCAACGUAGUCAUAUUUGAGCAGAGAAUGAUACCAGCUGUAGGCUUUGAUGGAAAGAUCAUCCUGGAGAAGAAAGGCAAAAUAGCCAUGGCACCAGAUGGAAAUGGCGGCCUCUAUCGUGCUUUAGUGGACAACAAGAUUUUAGAGGACAUGCAGAGAAGGGGUGUGGAGUAUCUUCACGUGUACUGUGUGGACAACAUCUUGGUGAAGAUGGCAGACCCAGUCUUUAUUGGCUUUUGUGUAAACAAAGGAGCAGACUGUGGUGCCAAGGUGGUGGAUAAGGCGUAUCCUGCAGAGCCGGUUGGAGUGGUGUGUCGCGUGGACGGCCUGUAUCAGGUGAUUGAGUACAGUGAGAUCCAACCAGAGACCGCAGAGCUGCGAGGCCCAGGAGGAGAGCUCCUGUUCAGUGCUGGGAACAUCUGCAACCACUUCUUUACCCGAGACUUCUUAAAGGACGUGGCUGAAAAGUUUGAGAGUCAGCUGAAGCAGCAUGUGGCUAUCAAGAAAGUGCCAUUUGUGGAUGGAGAAGGGAACCUGGUGAAACCAACCAAGCCCAAUGGCAUUAAAAUGGAGAAAUUUGUAUUUGACGUCUUUCAGUUCUCAAAGAAAUUUGUCGCCUUUGAGGUGUUGAGAGAGGAGGAAUUCUCACCCCUAAAAAAUGCUGAUGGGGUGCCUUUGGACACACCGACUACAGCACGCCGUUCCUUGUUAGCACAACAUUACCGCUGGGCUCUGGCAGCUGGUGGAAUCUUCCUGGAUGAGCAGGAUAAACCAAUCCCCCCAAAACAUAGUAUGUCACAGAAUGAAGACCCCCCAGCAAUCUGUGAAAUCUCUCCACUUGUAUCUUACUUUGGCGAGGGGCUGGAAAAGCUGUUGAAACAGAAGAACUUGAGGUCCCCUUUACUACUUGAUGAGAAUGAAGCAGAGAAUCUUAUGAAAACUACAUAGUGUUUUCAACUGAGGAUACCAUCAUGUCCAGGGCCAGGCAAAUAUUAGAGGAAUUGAAAGGGAUGUAUACAAAAAAAAAAAAAAUCCAAAAUAAAGAAAGAAAGAAAAAUUGGGGUCUGUAACAUUUUUACUUCCCAAUACUCACCAAGGCUGCAUUUAUCAAAAAUAACAGGGAAAAAAACUGUAAUAUUGUAAAAUGAUGCCUUAAAAUAACUGUUUUCUAUUUAAGUAUAUAUUUUAAAAUGUAACUUAUUCCCAUAACGGAAAAUUGACUUUCCAGCAGCCUUUAUUCCAGUCUUCAGUGUCACACGAUUCUUUAGAAAUUUGGGGCUCAAAAAACAAUGUUAAAAACAGUUGGCUUUUUUUUUUAAUGAUGAAUAGAUUUUAUGAUCAAUAGAAAGUCCAAAUAGACAGCAUUCAUUUGAAAUAAAAAUCUUAUUUGCUUUGUUAUGUACUGUAAUUAUAAAUGCCUUUACUGUCACUUAAUCAGUUAAAUGCAUCAGUUUACUGAAUAAAACUACCGGUAUUCAUUUCAUUAAAAAAAUCUUAGUGACCCCAAUUAUUGUUACAUAAUUAUAUAUAAUUCUUCAAAAGGUUAGAGCAGAAUAAUUAUUUUCUAAAAAACAGAUGUUAUAUGAUUGAAAAAUACAAUGUGAUAUUUGAAUUAGUUUGUAUUGCAUAGCUUAUCAUUUGUAUUUUACGUUACAAUUGCAAUAAAAUCAUAUACCCA